AUGAAUAACUCUGGUGCUAUUGGUUACGAUUCUUUAAAUGAUGUUUAUAAAAUCAUCAUAGCUCCUUUCUUUUAUGGCGCAUGGAAAGUUGAAGUUCUUUCUUUAAAUUCCAACUCAUGGAGGAAGCUUCCUGAUGAUGCCGAAUCUCCUCCGUAUUACAUGGAACAUUUUCGUCCUCAUCGACAACCUGUGUCUAUAAAUGGUGCCAUUUAUUGGAUUGCAGAUGAUCAUUUCUCCUACGAUCGUUUCCCUGUGAUUGUUCGUUUUGAUGUAUGUCAGGAGAAGUUUUUACGUGUGCCAGCACCACCUUGUGACACCAGAAGAAGAAUACAUUGGAUUGGUGAUAUCAACCAGUCGCUUUGUAGGCUUUACUAUGAUAACCAGAGCUGCAUUCAUAUAUGGUCAACACGAAAUGAUUUCAAUUGGGUAAAACUCAUCACUUUUCCCAAGAUCAUUGAACCUAACCCUUGGGCAUUAUCCCUUUAUUAUGCUCCAUUGUGUUUCAAUGAAAAUGGAGAACUACUCAUAAGUGUUCGUGGUGCUGGGUGUUCUUAUGAUCGAAGGCGUGGUUUGGUUGUUUAUGAUACAAAGGAACAAAGUUAUAGAAGAUUUGUUUUGGAGGAAAACACAUGCUGGAUGGAAGAAACUGUGUACAGUGACAGUUUGGUUUUCCCCAAUGAACCCUUAGAUCAGAGAUGUUCUCCUUCUUCUUCGGGUUCCUGA